CUAAUUUUCUUGCUGGAGCUAUAAAUGCAGUUCUCUGUGCACCUCAUUUUUGCUUUCACUUUACUAUUCUCUCUCUCUCUCUCUCUCUCUCUCCCCCUCUCUGUCUCUGUGGUUUCCUCCAUUGCAAACCAAGCUAUUCUUUUGCCAGCUUUUCCAAUGUGCCUCUCUCUCCUCCACAUUUACAAAACCCCACCUACCAUUUUCACCCGACUCUGCCUUUAUUAGGCAUCUCCCAACUCUUUUAAUUCUUUCCGCCAUUAAAAUAAGGCUCUGCUCACUUACAAAGAUUAGAUUUUUGUCUGGCAUUGUUUUAGAAGAAAAGAAAUUUGCUUUCCCAUUUUUUGCAUUAUGUUAUCGUUUUCUUGAAUUCUCUUUGGCCCACUGCAGGCCACACCCCCUUUCUACUUCUAAACUACUCCUCUUCAGCUGCGUAACAUUCUUUUGGGCUAUUCUUGUUUUCUUUUAUUUCCUUUCUUGGUUUUCAUUUGGUGGGUUUUUUUGUUUGAAUUUCAUCUCGCAUUGGGAUUCUAUGCUCUCUGAGCCUCUGUUGAUACACGCAAAAAUAGUGCCUUUUCUUUGCUUCUUUGGGUUCUCAAGGAAGAAGAUCAAGGGGUUGAGUUCAGAUCACUUGCCAAGCAACUGCACUAGAUACCGAGGAAGGUUGAGUCAAUAUGAUUGAUAAUCAGAACUGCAUUAGAUACUGAGGAAGGAUUCGAUGGAUUAGUUCCUAUCGAGAACUUAGGGACAGCAGAAUUUCUCCUCACAUCCAAUUUGCAGAAGAUGUCGUCCGGAAGUCUAAACGCUGAGUUAUCGAAGAAAUAUGGGGGUAUAAAAUUAUGGGUUCUGAUCGGCAUAUCUGUUGGUGCAUUUAUAGUUCUAAUUCUGGGGAUCCUAUCAAUAUGGGCCAUGUUUCGAAGAAAAUCUCGGAGAACCUUGGACAAGAACUCUCUUUGCCGAAUCCCUAAUGUUUCAAAGGAAAUCAGAGUUGAUAGAGUUGGGGAUCAAAGCACAAAUGAUCAUCCAGAAACUUUAUUCUUGAAUAUAAAUGAUAAAUCAAGUGAUAAGAACUCAGAGAAGAUAGUUCAUUUGGGCAGGAGUAGAUCAAGUGAUGUUGAUAAUGUCAGUCAGUGCAGUUCAAUAUAUCAUCAUGAAAGGGCCUGUAGUUCUCAGUCAGGAGAGGAAGGAAGUUCUGGUAAUGCCAGAAAACAAUCUUCUUUGUCGUAUGGGCUCGUGAUGCCAUCACCAUUAAUUGGUUUGCCGGAAAUAUCUCAUCUUGGGUGGGGCCACUGGUUCACACUUAGGGAUCUUGAGAAUGCAACAAAUCGUUUCUCACCAGAGUGUGUUCUCGGGGAAGGUGGCUAUGGAGUUGUUUAUCGAGGAAGAUUGGUCAAUGGAUCAGAGGUAGCGGUUAAGAAACUUCUUAAUAAUCUUGGCCAAGCAGAGAGAGAAUUUAGAGUUGAAGUGGAGGCCAUUGGCAAUGUUCGACAUAAGAAUCUUGUUCGGCUUCUUGGCUAUUGCAUAGAAGGAAUUCAGAGGAUGUUGGUUUAUGAGUAUGUAAACAACGGCAACUUGGAACAGUGGCUCCAUGGGGCAAUGAGACAACAUGGCACCCUAACAUGGGAAGCCCGUAUUAAGGUUCUGCUUGGCACUGCAAGAGCACUUGCUUAUUUGCAUGAAGCUAUAGAACCAAAAGUUGUUCAUCGGGACAUAAAAUCUAGCAACAUCUUGAUUGACAAUGAGUUCAAUGCAAAAGUUUCUGACUUUGGUUUGGCUAAGCUCUUGGGAUCCGGAGAAAGCCAUAUAACAACAAGAGUGAUGGGAACAUUUGGUUAUGUGGCUCCUGAAUAUGCAAAUACUGGCUUGUUGAACGAAAAGAGUGACGUCUACAGUUUUGGUGUUCUCCUGUUGGAAGCUGUUACUGGAAGAGACCCUGUCGACUACAGUCGUCCUGCCAAUGAAGUUAAUCUUGUUGAGUGGCUGAAAAUGAUGGUUGGAAACAGAAGAGCAGAAGAAGUUGUUGACCCUAACCUUGAAGUUAAGCCGACGACUCGUGCCCUGAAACGUGUGCUUCUAGUUGCACUUAAAUGUGUCGAUCCUGAUGCUGAGAAACGCCCAAAAAUGAGUCAGGUUGUUCGGAUGCUCGAAACCGAUGAGUUUCCUUAUCGUGAGGAUAGAAGGAGUAGGAGAAGCAGAACAACAAGCAUGGAUGUCGAAUCUAUG